AUGGUGAUUGCAAAAAUAUUAUCAGUUCAAGAAGAACUUCUUAAUUCAUCUAUUAUUAAUGUAAAAAUUAAUGAUUCUGAUCCACAAUGGAGUAUACAUUCGUUUCAUCAAAUGCAUCAACAAUAUUCCUCUGAACAUACAUCAUUGGAUUCUAAAAAUCUUCCUGUUGCUGAAUUAAUUAUUGGAACUGUUACUUAUGUG